GCAACUCAAGAGAGAACCAUUAACCACCACAUAAGAAUUAAGAUUCCUAAACAUAGUAAAGCAAAGACACUUAGAACCAAAGUAGUGAUAUCAUAUGGCAGGAGUGAAGUUGCUUGGUCUUUGGUAUAGCCCUUUUAGUCACAGAGUUGAGUGGGCUCUUAAGAUUAAGGGCGUGGAAUAUGAAUUUAUAAAAGAAGAUCUACAAAAUAAAAGCCCUCUACUUCUACAAUCAAACCCUGUUCACAAGAAAAUUCCAGUGCUAAUUCAUAAUGGAAAGCCCAUUUCUGAGUCUAUGGUAAUUCUUGAAUACAUUGACGAGACUUUUGAAGGCCCUUCCAUCUUGCCUAAAGACCCUUAUGACCGUGCUAUAGCUCGUUUCUGGGCUAAGUUCCUCGAGGAUAAGGUGCCACCAGUGGGAAAAACUUUCUUUCUCAAAGGAGAGGAGCAAGAGAAAGGUAAAGAGGAAGCUUAUGAGAUGCUGAAAAUUCUUGACAAUGAGCUCAAGGAUAAGAAGUUCUUUGUCGGUGACAAAAUUGGGUUGGCUGAUAUUGCUGCAAAUUUUGUGGGAAUUUGGCUGGGAGUGUUUGAAGAAGCCUCUGGAAUUGUUCUGGUUACAAGAGAAAAAUUUCCAAAUUUUUGUGCGUGGAGAGAUGAGUACAUUAACUGCAGCCAAAACAAGGAAUAUCUACCCCCUAGAGAUGAAUUGCUUGCCCAUUUCAAAGCUCGCUUUCAAGCUGCAGCCGUUCCCAAAUGAACACCUCCAGUGAAAUUUCAAGAUUUUGUGUGGCAACUUCAAAAUAAAAAUCUUCAUAUGUCUGAACUUGGGCUUUAACAAUUUCAGACCCGAAUAUCUGAAGUCUAUGAAACUCUAGACUUGCAAACUUCAAGGUACAUUUUGUGUGGCUACAAAAAUAUUUGUCGAAAGGCUAGUUUAGCAAGAUAUUCACAUGCUUUUCGUGUUACUGUUUUGUUUGGUUGAUCAGAGAUUGUAGAAUAAUUAAUAAAUAUUAUGACUUCUCUCAUCAAAUUGAUUAAGGCAAAGAAAGAAAUGUUGACUCAUAGUGUGAAAGCAUUUUAUAUUUCUAAGAAAGCAGAAAAUAUUACAAGGAAA